CUGGUGCCCCCCGCCACAAAACGUGAGAGAAGAAGAAGAAGUAGUAGCGCCUGUUAUCAUAAGAACUCGUGUGAGGACAGGACUGAAUUGUUCCUUGUAUUUAUGUAUUUCUAUCGGAAGUGUGUUAUUGUUAGUUUUGAACACAAACGUCCAUAAUUGUGACAAAUUGAGCGAUUCGUCUCUCGAUUCAACAAAAGGAAAAUCCUGCGUGCAUGAGGGGAAUGCUUAACAUUUCAAGCAGGAUGUCAACUCGGAUGCAACUUUCCCUUCUAAAUGAAGGAGGUUUGGAUCUUCACACUGGACAGAGUUCUGCAUAUUCUUCCAAGCCUCCAGAAGGCCAGUGGAUGGAGGAAAACGAAAUAUUUGAGGAGGAACAAAAAGCCAGUGCCUCAACUCAAAGUGAGGACAAGGAUGUAAAUGCGAAGGUGUUGCAAAGAAAGAAUUCUAAUGGAAACAAAAGAGUUUAUGAUUGCCCCGUGUGCCAGAAACGAUUUGGUGCUCCAUCCAAACUAAAAAGGCAUUGCCUUAUUCACACGAAUCAGAGGCCAUUUCAGUGUUCCAUGUGCUGCCGUGCCUUCAGAGAACGCUCUCAUCUAAAAGUACACGUCAGAACUCAUACAAACCCUGUGAAGAGGAGAACACCAUCACUCCAGAGCUAUAAGGACCACAAAGUGUCCUGUAGUCAAACAUCUAAGUCAAGGUUAAAACCUUUUCCAAAAAAUCGAACUGCCCAGAAUGAUACCAGUUCAACAGAUAAAGAAAAGACAGCAGCAACAGACUUAAUAGAAACUAAUUCAGGUACCGUGGGUGUUAAAAUUACAAAAGGACAUCGGUGCCCUUUAUGUUUUAAAUGCUUUAAAGCCCCAUCAAAGCUCAAACGUCACAUUCUGAUUCAUACUGGGGAAAGACCUUUUAAAUGCUCUGUGUGCCCCAAAGCUUUCCGAGAGAAAUCACACUUGAAAGUUCACAAGUGUAAGGAAGAAUUUAGACUGGAAUGCAACUCCAUUUUGAGUGAUUGGCAAGUGAAAGAGAACACAGUCAAGCAUAAUGCUGAGGAAGGUGUUGUAUCUACCGCAAUAGAUGAUUCAAAUGAUAUUCAAGUUAGUUGUUCAUUACCAGAUGUAGUCACACCUGCCGGACAAAGGAUCUUUCCACUAUCCAAGUCAACUGAUUGCAUGUGUACGCUUCAACUGAAAAAGAAUAGUGGAUAUCAGUGUGAAAUAUGCUUGAAGAAAUUCAGUUUCCCCUCAAAACUAACUCGACAUCUGUUUGUUCAUUUUGACGUCAAGCCGUACACUUGCACAAUCUGCAGAAAGUCAUUCAAACAGGCCUAUUAUCUCCAUAAACACCUCAAGGUACAUACAGGAAAAAGAAACAAUAAAUCUAGGUUAUGUAGAGUCCCGCAGAAGCACGAGGCCCAAACCUCACCUGGAGCUUUAGAAGGUACAAAUAAUUGCAGACCGGAUGGUGGUAAUGUGUGUUUACCUCAGAUAUUAGAUUCUUUAGAGACUAAGCAAACUAAGCAUAAAAAUCUUGAAUGCCAAAGCAAGCUCAACCAAAAUGUCCCACUGACCGAGUCAAAUUCAAGUACCAUAGAGAUUAAAAGCUCUGAUGCUUUGAACUACACUGAAAUGCAGAUCACAACCUCCAGCCCAAGUUACCUUAAGCGCAAACAGAAAGGUGUGAAUCAGUGCAGCAUCUGUCUGAAGAACUUUCCGUAUCCUUCUAAGCUCACCAGACAUAUUUUGAGCCACACAGAUAGCAGACCAUUUAAGUGCCACGUGUGCUUGAAAUCAUUUCGAUAUCAGUGCCAUUUGCAGCUUCACGUGAGGAUCCACAAAAAAAAGGGUUGGAAUAUAAUUGCUGAUCAUUUGGGACAAGAUCAUACAGUUUCUUUUAGUAAUGCUGAAAAAUCUAAAGACCAAGAUGUGCAAAUAUCCUCACAAGAUGGAGCUGUAAAAUCUGCUACAGUUCACCAAGAUCAAAAAAUGAGUGGUGAUUCCAGUGUAUAUUUGCAAGAUUCCCUUCUAAAUGAAAGAGGUUUGGAUCUUCACACUGGACAGAGUUCUGCAUAUUCUUCCAAACCUUCAAAAGGUAAGUGGAUGGAGAAAAAACAAGAAACUAAGGAGGAACAAGAAACCAGUGUCACAACACUAAGUGAGGACAAGGAUGUAAAUGUGAAGGUGUUGCAAAGAAAGAAUUCUAAUGGACAUAAAAGAGUUUAUGAUUGCCCUGUGUGCCAGAAACGAUUUGGUGCUCCAUCCAAACUAAAAAGGCAUUGUCUUAUUCACACGAAUCAGAGACCAUUUCAGUGUUCCAUGUGCUGCCGUGCCUUCAGAGAACGCUAUCAUCUAAACGUACACAUCAGAACUCACAAUGUCCCUGUGAAGCAGGGAACACCAUCACUCCAGAGCUACAGAGACAACAGUGUGUCGUGUGAUCAAACAUCUAAGUCAAGAUUAAAACCCUCUCCAAAACAACCAGCUGCCCAAGAUGAUACCAAGUCAACAGAUAAAGAAAAAUCAACAGUGCACCAAGAUCAGUAUAUGGUUACAGAUAAUACAGCAUCUCAAAAAAUUAGUGGUCACUGCACUGAAUUAGAUGUAUAUUUGCAAGAUUCUCUUCUAAAUGAAGGAGGUUUGGAUCUUCACACUGGAAAGAGUUCUGCAUAUUUUUCCAAACCUUCAAAAGGUAAGUGGAUGGAGAAAAAACAAGAAACUGAGGAGGAACAAGAAGCCAGUGUCACAACACAAAGUGAGGACAAGGAUGUAAAUGUGAAGGUGCUGCAAAGAAAGAAUUCUAAUGGACACAAAAGAGUUUAUGAUUGCCCCGUGUGCCAGAAACGAUUUGGUGCUCCAUCCAAACUAAAAAGGCAUUGUCUUAUUCACACGAAUCAGAGACCAUUUCAGUGUUCCAUGUGCUGCCGUGCCUUCAGAGAACGCUAUCAUCUAAACGUACACAUCAGAACUCACAAUGUCCCUGUGAAGCAGGGAACACCAUCACUCCAGAGCUACAGAGACAACAGUGUGUCGUGUGAUCAAACAUCUAAGUCAAGAUUAAAACCCUCUCCAAAACAACCAACUGCCCAAGAUGAUACCAAGUCAACAGAUAAAGAAAAGUCAACAGUGCACCAAGAUCAGUAUAUGGUUACAGAGAAUAUGCCAUCUCAAAAAAUGAGUGGUGACUGCAAUGAUUCAGAUUUAUAUUUCUCAAAAAGUACUAGUCCUUUAGAGAAGUCAGAGGUUUUUUUCCAGUGCAACAGCAAAUCAUUUUGGGGUCUGACAGAUAAAACUGACAUCUUGCUUGAUGGGAAAAAGGCAUCUGACAUUGUGCCUUUUGGCAGGGUGAGUGACUGUCCACCCAAAACUGACUCAUCUCUCCGUCACUGUGCUUCUGAAUCAAGAAUUGAAGAAAAAUGGGAACAUCACAUGGAUGAUAUUGAAGAUUGUGUCUUCGUGGACUCGGACACUGUUAAAUGUGUCCCUGAUUCUUACGAGCCCAAUUCUUGUCAGUAUCAACAGAAGUCUGAUGUGCCCGGACUCAGAGAAAUUGUUGUUGUGGGCCUUUUGGACUUUCAGGAUCCAGGUGAAUGCUUUACCAAACCUCCACAUGACCUUCCCGUUUGCCCUGAUUGUAGUCAGUGUUUCCCUUCGAUAAGGAGCUUAUAUGCACAUAAAUGUGCAAACAGAUAUUCUGAAGGUAAAAAAAAGAAAUCCCACCAGUGUGACAUUUGCUUAAAAUUCUUCAAUGCACCAUCCAAACUGAAGAGACAUUGUGUUACUCACACUGGUCAGAGGCCGUUCCAGUGCACACAGUGUCAGAAGUCCUUCACACAGUCCCAUUAUCUGAAAACACACAUGCUGUCCCACAGGUAGAAGGGUUACUCUAGGGUUGCCCAAAGAUAUGAUCAAACCAAAAGGGUUUUCACUGUAAAUUAGUUGUGAUCAAUGUAGUUGCUUGAAAUACUGUGGUUUGGCUUUUCAAAUACAUAAACAGAAUUUGAAACCAUAAAUACUGUAAAUAAUGUUCUAUGACAAAUUUUGUUCUUUAUUUUUUUACAUUUUUGGGUUUCCUAUUACAUUGUGAUGUAACCAUAUAUUUGUGUGUGAAAAAAAAAAUACAAAAGGUUUAAUUUGGUUGUCCAUUUCCCAACUUAUAGUGGUUGUUCCAUUGUUUGUUUGUUUGUUUGUUUGUUUGUUUUUUAAGUCAUAUGCAGCACUGAAAGAAAUAUACAUCAGAUAUCAUUACAACAUCACCAAAGUGUUGCAUGGCAUUUGACCAUCUGUAUGUAAUUAGUAAUCUUGCUAUUAUUCAUUCAUUUUAUUCAGUUGCCUACACAAGAUGAUCAUAGUGUGGUGUCAUUUGCAGUAGUUCCAUGUAUAUACACUAGAUGGUGUAAUUUGUUUUCUCAACUUUAGCUAUUGAACUCUUCUGGUCCACGCAAAUGUAUACAUCACUGAAAUUAUAUAUCAUCAUGGUUUUUUACAGAGCUACCAAUCAGGUGUAGUAACGUAUAGUAUGUUAUAUAUAG